GCGCACUGGAGUGUAGAUCAGGAAAAGGGAAGGGGUCAGCUGGUAGCCAUAGUGGAUAGGAGUAAAACGUAAAUAAAUAGACUCCAAGGGCAAUAACCAACGUGGGUCUUCGUGAUAUCGCCUUCGGAGACAUUCCGGUCACCGUUGGCGGCUUGGCCAGAGUCCUGGUGGCAUUUAAAGCUGUUCUUUCUUACAAAAGCGGCGUGCCGAGGGAGGACGCUUCUCUUUGAAUAGACAGGAUGCACGGACCGCCCUCCGGCGACAGCGCAUGCCCAUUGCGCCUCAUCAAGAGAGUGCAAUUCGGCAUCAUCAGCCCAGAUGAGCUUAAACGGAUGUCGGUCACAGAAGGGGGAAUCAAGUACCCCGAGACCACAGAAGGAGGACGUCCUAAACUUGGUGGGCUGAUGGACCCCAGACAAGGGGUCAUCGAACGAUCUGGAAGGUGUCAAACGUGUGCAGGCAACAUGACAGAAUGCCCGGGCCACUUCGGCCACAUAGAGCUGGCAAAGCCUGUCUUCCACGUGGGAUUCGUCAACAAGAUCAUGAAGGUUCUCCGAUGUGUCUGCUACUCGUGCUCCAAGCUUCUGGUCGACACGAAUAACCCAAAGAUCAAAGACAUCCUGCAGAAGUCCAAGGGGCAGCCCAGGAAGCGCCUGACCCACGUGUACGACCUGUGUAAAGGCAAGAACAUCUGCGAGGGCGGAGAGGAGAUGGACAACAAGUUUGGAGUGGACCAGCAGGAGCACGACAGUGAGGACAUCACUAAGGAGAAGGGGCACGGUGGCUGUGGGCGCUACCAGCCGCGUAUCCGCCGGUCGGGCCUGGAGUUGUACGCCGAGUGGAAGCACGUGAACGAGGACUCGCAGGAGAAGAAGAUCCUGCUGAGCCCAGAGCGCGUCUACGAGAUCUUCAAGCGUAUCUCGGACGAGGAGGAUGUCAUCCUGGGCUUGGACCCCAAGUUCUCCCGGCCCGAGUGGAUGAUCGUCACAGUACUCCCCGUGCCACCACUGGCUGUCCGGCCCGCCGUUGUCAUGCAGGGCUCUGCUCGUAACCAGGACGACUUGACACACAAGCUGGCCGACAUCGUCAAGAUCAACAACCAGCUGCGGCGGAACGAGCAGAGCGGCGCGGCGGCCCACGUCAUCGCUGAGGACGUGAAGCUGCUGCAGUUCCACGUGGCCACCAUGGUGGACAAUGAGCUGCCAGGCCUGCCCAGGGCGAUGCAAAAAUCUGGCCGCCCACUUAAAUCCCUCAAACAGCGCCUGAAGGGGAAGGAGGGGCGAGUCCGAGGUAACUUGAUGGGGAAACGUGUGGACUUCUCCGCCCGAACCGUCAUCACCCCCGACCCCAACCUCCAGAUCGACCAAGUGGGUGUCCCGCGCUCCAUCGCAGCCAACAUGACCUUCCCAGAAAUCGUCACACCCUUUAACAUUGACAGGUUACAGGAGUUGGUGCGCAGAGGCAACAGCCAGUACCCCGGAGCCAAAUAUAUCAUCCGUGACAACGGGGACAGAAUCGACCUGCGGUUUCACCCCAAACCAAGUGACCUUCACCUGCAGAUUGGCUACAAGGUGGAAAGACAUAUGUGCGACGGUGACAUCAUUAUCUUCAACAGACAGCCCACGCUACAUAAAAUGUCUAUGAUGGGGCACAGAGUCCGAAUCUUGCCCUGGUCCACCUUUCGAAUGAACCUCAGUGUAACCACCCCGUACAAUGCUGACUUUGACGGGGACGAGAUGAACCUGCAUCUACCCCAGUCCCUGGAGACGAGAGCUGAGAUCCAGGAGCUUGCCAUGGUGCCUCGGAUGAUCGUCACCCCCCAGUCCAACAGGCCCGUCAUGGGCAUCGUGCAGGACACCCUCACCGCGGUGCGCAAGUUCACCAAGAGGGAUGUCUUCCUAGAGCGGGGCGAUGUGAUGAACCUCCUGAUGUUCCUGUCCACGUGGGACGGCAAGGUGCCCCAGCCAGCCAUCUUGAAGCCCCGGCCACUCUGGACGGGCAAGCAGAUCUUCAGCCUCAUCAUCCCGGGCCACAUCAACGCCAUCCGAACACACAGCACCCAUCCAGACGAGGAGGACAGUGGGCCAUACAAACACAUCUCCCCUGGGGACACCAAGGUGAUAGUGGAGAACGGAGAGCUGAUCAUGGGCAUCCUGUGUAAGAAGUCCCUGGGUACCUCGGCUGGCUCCCUGGUUCACAUCUGUUUCCUGGAGAUGGGCCACGACGUCACCCGCCUCUUCUACUCCAACAUCCAGACGGUGGUCAAUAACUGGCUGCUCAUUGAGGGUGCCUCUAUUGGUAUUGGUGAUUCUAUUGCUGACGCAAAGACUUACCUUGACAUUCAGAACACCAUCAAGAAGGCCAAGCAGGAUGUAAUAGAGGUCAUUGAGAAGGCCCACAACAAUGAGUUGGAGCCCACCCCUGGUAACACGCUGAGGCAGACCUUUGAGAACCAGGUGAAUCGCAUCCUGAAUGACGCCCGUGACAAAACGGGUUCCUCCGCCCAGAAGUCCCUGUCUGAGUACAACAACUUCAAGUCCAUGGUGGUGGCCGGCUCCAAAGGCUCCAAGAUUAACAUCUCUCAGGUUAUUGCUGUGGUGGGGCAGCAGAACGUGGAGGGUAAGCGUAUCCCCUUCGGCUUCAAGCACCGCACGCUCCCCCACUUCAUCAAGGAUGACUACGGCCCUGAGAGCAGAGGCUUCGUGGAGAACUCGUACCUGGCUGGCCUCACGCCCACGGAGUUCUUUUUCCACGCCAUGGGAGGCAGGGAGGGGCUUAUUGACACGGCUGUGAAGACCGCCGAAACUGGUUACAUCCAGCGUCGUCUGAUCAAGUCCAUGGAGUCUGUGAUGGUGAAGUACGACGCCACCGUGAGGAACUCCAUCAACCAGGUGGUGCAGCUGCGCUACGGAGAGGACGGCCUGGCCGGAGAGGCUGUGGAGUUCCAGAACAUGGCCACGCUCAAACCCUCCAACAAGGCCUUCGAGAAGAAGUUCAGGUUUGACUGCACCAAUGAGCGGGCGCUGCGGCGCACCCUGCAGGAGGACGUUGUGAAGGACGUGAUGACCAAUGCCCAGGUGCAGAGUGCCCUGGAGAGAGAGUAUGAGAAGAUGAAGGAGGACAGAGAGAUUCUGAGGGCCAUCUUCCCCACUGGGGACAGCAAGGUGGUGCUUCCAUGCAACCUGGCCAGGAUGAUCUGGAACGCCCAGAAGAUCUUCCGGAUCAACCCCCGCACCCCCACAGACCUCAACCCCCUUCGAGUGGUAGAGGGUGUCCAGGAGCUGAGUAAGAAGCUGGUGAUUGUGAACGGCGAGGACCACCUGAGCAGACAGGCCCAGCAGAACGCCACGCUGCUUUUCAACAUCCACCUGCGCUCCACGCUCAGCUCCCGACGCAUGACAGACGAGUUCCGACUGAGCACUGAGGCUUACGACUGGCUAUUGGGGGAGAUCGAGAGCAAGUUCAACCAGUCUAUUGCCCACCCGGGUGAGAUGGUGGGGGCGUUAGCAGCCCAGUCGCUGGGAGAACCCGCCACCCAGAUGACCCUGAACACCUUCCACUACGCUGGUGUGUCGGCCAAGAACGUCACUCUGGGCGUGCCGCGUCUCAAAGAGUUGAUCAACAUCUCCAAGCGGCCCAAGACCCCCUCCCUAACCGUGUUCCUGCUGGGCCAGGCGGCCCGCGACGCCGAGAGGGCCAAGGAUAUCCUCUGUCGGCUGGAACACACCACCCUCAGAAAGGUGACGGCCAACACAGCCAUCUACUACGACCCUAACCCCCAGAGCACGGUGGUGACGGAGGACCAGGAGUGGGUCAACGUCUACUAUGAGAUGCCCGACUUUGACGUGACUCGCAUCUCCCCCUGGCUCCUCCGCAUCGAGCUCGACCGCAAACACAUGACUGACCGCAAGCUGACCAUGGAGCAGAUCGCAGAGAAGAUCAAUGCAGGUUUCGGAGAUGAUCUGAACUGUAUCUUCAAUGACGACAACGCCGAGAAGCUGGUCUUGCGAAUUCGCAUCAUGAACAGCGACGAGAACAAGUUCCAUGAGGAUGAGGAAGUGGUGGACAAGAUGGACGACGACGUGUUCCUGAGGUGCAUCGAGUCCAACAUGCUGACGGACAUGACACUGCAGGGCAUCGAGCAGAUCAGCAAGGUGUACAUGCACUUGCCCCAGACUGACAACAAGAAGAAGAUCAUCAUUACAGAGGAGGGAGAGUUCAAGGCCCUGCAGGAGUGGAUCCUGGAGACAGAUGGCGUGGGACUGAUGAGGGUCCUCAGUGAGAAGGACGUGGACCCUGUCAGGACCACCUCCAACGAUAUUGUAGAGAUCUUCACGGUACUGGGUAUUGAGGCUGUACGUAAGGCGCUGGAGAGGGAGUUGAACCACGUCAUCUCCUUUGACGGUUCCUACGUCAACUACCGCCACUUGUCGUUGCUUUGCGACACCAUGACAUGCCGCGGUCACCUGAUGGCUAUCACACGUCAUGGCAUCAACAGACAGGACACGGGACCUCUCAUGAAGUGCUCCUUUGAGGAGACGGUGGAUGUGCUGAUGGAGGCGUCAUCCCACGGGGAGAGUGACCCUAUGAAGGGUGUGUCUGAGAACAUUAUGCUGGGCCAGCUUGCCCCCUGUGGGACGGGCUGCUUCGACCUGCUGCUGGACGCUGAGAAGUGCAAAUACGGCAUGGAGAUCCCCACCAACAUCCCUGGGAUCAGCGUGGCUGGACCCACCGGAAUGUUCUUUGGCUCGGCGCCUAGCCCCAUGAGUGGCAUGUCCCCUGCCAUGACCCCCUGGAACACUGGAGCCACCCCCGCCUAUGGUGCCUGGUCCCCCAGCAUUGGUAGCGGGAUGACUCCCGGAGCAGCAGGCUUCUCUCCCAGCGCAGCGUCCGAUGCCAGUGGCUUCUCUCCGGGCUACUCCCCGGCCUGGUCCCCUACCCCUGGAUCUCCUGGGUCCCCGGGGCCAGCCAGCCCCUACAUCCCCUCUCCAGGAGGUGCGAUGUCUCCCAACUACUCGCCCACCUCCCCAGCCUACGAGCCCCGCUCUCCUGGGGGAUACACCCCCCAAAGCCCGGGCUACUCCCCAACCUCCCCCUCGUACUCCCCAACCUCCCCCUCGUACUCCCCCACCAGCCCCAACUACAGCCCCACCUCACCCUCGUACUCCCCAACCUCCCCCCUACUCCCCAACCUCCCCUCGUACUCCCCAACCUCUCCUAGUUACUCCCCCACGUCCCCCUCCUACUCCCCAAUCCCCUCGUACUCCCCAACCUCCCCUAGUUACUCCCCCACGUCCCCCUCUUACAGCCCUACAUCCCCAAGCUACAGCCCUACGUCCCCAAGCUACUCCCCCACCUCGCCUAGCUAUUCCCCCACCUCACCCUCCUACUCCCCCACCUCACCCUCCUACUCCCCCACCUCACCCUCCUACUCCCCCACCUCACCCUCCUACUCCCCCACCUCACCCUCUUACUCCCCCACCUCUCCAAGCUACAGCCCCUCUUCACCCAACUACACCCCCAUCCCCUCCUACUCCCCCACCUCCCCAUCCUACUCCCCCACCUCCCCAAACUACACCCCCACCAGCCCCAACUACUCCCCUACCUCCCCCUCUUAUUCCCCCACCUCCCCAUCCUACUCUCCCUCUAGCCCACGCUACCCCCAGUCGCCCACCUACACCCCCAGUUCUCCCUCUUACAGCCCCAUCCCCUCCUACUCACCCACCUCACCCAAAUACACCCCUACCUCCCCCUCAUACUCCCCCAGCUCUCCAGAGUACACCCCCACCUCCCCCAAAUACUCCCCCACCUCGCCCAAGUACUCUCCGACCUCUCCCAAAUACUCACCCACCUCCCCAACUUACUCACCGACGACGCCCAAGUACAGCCCCACUUCGCCCACCUACUCACCCACCUCGCCCACCUACACUCCCACCAGCCCCAAGUACUCCCCUACCUCCCCAACAUACUCUCCAACCUCACCCAAAUACUCUCCCACCUCCCCCACCUACUCACCAACUAGCCCCAAAGGGUCCACCUACAGCCCCCUGUCUCCGGGCUACAGCAACCCCUCGCCCAGCUUCACUCUCACCAGCCCGGCCAUCAGCCCAGAUGACAGUGACGAGGAGAACAACUGAGGGAGCCAGGAGAAGAGGGGGCUGACUGCCCCAGUCCAAGCUCCUGGGCUGGAUAACUGAAGGAUCGCCUUUCUGCUGGAGGUGUCGCUGGUUUGGGUGGACAAAGAAAAAAACUAAACCCUGGGCAUCCCACUUGUGAAUUUUAUAUUUUGGGGACCAUUGUACCCCCAGCCUUGUCCAACUUGAGGGGUGGGGGUCCCUAAAAAUACUUCCUACUAUUGUAUUUGAUAGACUUGAACAGUUUAGCCAGGAGAAAUGGCUGCCUUUUGAACUAGAAGUUUUGUUUCUGUUAUUAAUUUUCAUGCAGGGGGCUGAAGCAGAGUUCUAAGUACCUAGAGGAAAGCAGAGGGGAGGGAGAUGUGGUUACCACAUUGACAAAAACCUCCCUCCUUUUCACCCCCCUGUUUCCCAGCACCCAGUCUCUCUCUCUGAACUUCACUGUUGGAUGUGUAGUUGUAGGGGAGAGUAUUGCCAAAAGCCUUGAAAAAUCUACCAGUGGAUUGUAUUUCUCUCCUUAAAAAGCAUUUAAGCUUCCAAAAAAAGACAGAGUAGAAGAGUUGAGGUGAUCUUUAUUGCAUAUUUUACUAAAACGUAUCUUUUAGUUUUUCAGUUUUUCUAAAUCUACAGUUGCUGUUUUGGUUGGAAGAAAAAAUUGAGCUAAUGUUUCUAAUUUAAUUUUCACAUGCACCGAAUACAACAGGUGUAGUAGACCUUACGGUGAAAUGCUUAGUUACAAUCCCUUAACCAACAAUGCAGUUCAAGAGUUAAGAAAAUAUUUACUAAAUAAACUAAAGAAGGCUGGCCAGCGUUGAGGUGAACAGCAUAAAAGAUUACAAAUGUGCAGUUCAGAACAGUGGAAGUAGAGUAGUGGAAAGGGUUGCCAUGAUAUACUGCAGGUGUAUUCCUUGCAGCACAUAGUCCAGGGCUGAAGACUGCCUAGGACGACAGAUGGUCAGGUCAUGGAUGCAGAAACCCGAAAGGGAGAUGGUGACGUAUUGUCACCUCUCUGUGACAUUCCAAAUAAACCCCUUUACCCUCACUCCAAAGACAAGCCUGAAAGAUGUCAAAACCAGCCACCAGCAUCCCUGUGCUCUUCACCAUUAGAUGAGACUUGUGUACAACAGCAAAAAGCUGAUUUUUUUUUCCAGCAAACCACUUCUUUCUUAAAAUACUGGGAAGUAUGAGGUUUAUGAAAGACUUAGAAUGGAAUAAUGAGAUAAUAUUAUUACUAUUUGAUUCUGUUUGGUUUCAGGAGAGAAUGGGGCGUUUCUAGGUGGAAGAGGGAUACUAGUUGGUCGGUGUUGUUGCUUCUGUCAUUGUUUAGGAAUGAGUAGCAACCUGCUAAUACAUUUUAAUUAUCCAGAUUUAGGUUGAAGCGCUCUUAUUUGAAAUCCCUCCCACCUUUCAAUAAUACGUGUUCCAUAGUUCUAAUUAGGAAAUGUAAAUGAGUUCUCAAUACUUUGUUCAAUACUCGUUCAAUUUAUUUAAGAAAGAAAAGAGAAACGUACUACUUGUGUGAAUCAGUAUAGAGGAUAAAUUGAGAAUCCAAUGAUUUUUUUUGUACGUUUUUUUUCUCAUUUGCUUCUGACUUGGUAAGAGCGGUUUGCAAAGAGUGUCUGUGUUCAGGUACUUUGGAUGAAGGGGCAGGGAACGGAGGGGGGUUUGUUUGAUUUCUCCCCCUUAAGGUCUCUCUUCCAUUCUGUUUCCCAAUCGCCCUGUUCAGUUUCUGCCAUUCCGGCUCCAAUUUGGGCCAAGAUGGCCGCCGCGUUCUCAUUCAGUUGUAGAAAGGAAAUUUUUGCAUGCAGUCCAUUCAUGAGGCUUCCGCUAAGUGGCUCUACUACAGUUAAGGAAGAGAAUUCAAUGUUCAGCUUAGUGUUUUCAGUUACGCUCUUGACCACUGGAGGGCGACAUAUGCCCUCAGUUGAGUUGACUUCUCUUAGAAGCGUCAGUUUCAGUUCAGUGAUUUUUAACAAAGGAGACCAGCCAUUUCGGAGCACUUUUGGCCUCUACAUCCCCCUACCCACUACAUUAGUGUGUCAGUGAAUCCUUGAAGUUUAUGAAAACCACGGACCAAGCAUAGACAAACAUAACAUUCACUUCUGGGUGCUCUUUACACUUUACUAGGCCUAGUUUGAUGAAGUGGACAAGUGUUUGAUUCUCUUGCCUGUAUGACUAUGGAACACAGAUUGUGUUUCCUCUGGUGUUCCCUCCAAGCAAUAGGACAUGCUUUUGAUUGGACUAGCUGGCUUUCCCUCCCCCCUCUUCAUCCACAAGUGAUACUGAUUAUUUUCUGAAAUCGGUGUUUGUCCUUUUUUCUACCAGUGUAUGUACCUGUGAUUGGUAAUCUCGGCGUGGGUGGGAGGGAAAGGAGUGGAGUACUGUAUGGAACUGGGAGUCCUGAGGGAAUGGAAUUUGAUGCCUGUGGACUUCCAUGGUGGGACUGGUACUCUGAUGCAGUCUGAAUUUGUCGGGAUCUUAAUCUGAAUCAUGGUCGGGAACGUAUGCGUUUCAACAGGGGUGAUUUUGAAUUGACUGGACUGUACCACCUGCAUUGGAUACAGGUGUUGGCAAUACACUGUUGAAAUCCAUGCAGUUGGUCUCUCCCAUCAUCGCCUCAUGACAUGGUGACUUUGUCCACUACCAUCAUAUCCCAUUGAUUUACCUGUCGUCCAGUCAAUUCAAACAUACCAGGACUCGUGUGUGUGUGUGUGUGUGUGUGUGUGUGUGUGUGUGUGUGUGUGUGUGUGUGUGUGUGUGUGUGUGUGUGUGUGUGUGUGUGUGUGUGUGUGUGUGUGUGUGUGUGUGUGUGUGUGUGUGUGUGUGUGUGUGUCGUAGGAGAGACAGGGUUUCUUGAGUUGGUGAACAGACUGGACAGGGUGUCUGGGGAAAAGGAAGGAUUAAAAUUGCCACUGUAUUGAAAUCAAUCCAAUAUGUCAUUCUCUGUAUGUUUUGUUUUUUUGACUUGAGAAAAAAAAUAAAGUUUUACUACAA